CUAGUUGUCAGGUGGUUAGUAACCAACUCUGCAUAUAUGACUAAUAUAAACAUAACCACAGAUUAAAGAGAUUAAAGAGAUAAAAGAGAAUGACAGAAGAUGAUAAACAUGUUAUCUUGUAGAGAUGUGGUCUGUUUAGAAAUAUUCUCAUCCUGCGUUUGUCAUUUUGUCAUUUUGUCAUUUUGAGUUUCCAGUCUGAAUAACAUUCCAUGAGGAGACGGCGGCUUCACUUCGGUGACUGGAAUGCUGUGUGUCACCGUGAUGGAGCGGGCCGUGGGGGUUUCAGGUGGAGUCUCGGCCAAGUUGUACAACAACAGCCAAGUUCUCAGCUGUGGGAGGAGCCUGUGGGAUAUAUAACCAGACGCUCCUGGCUGCAGCUGAACACUAAGCACCUGUUGCUGCUGCUGCUGCACACAGUUCAGACGCAAAACCUUUCCACCGACUUGAACGUGUCUACUGAUCAUCCAACUCCACAAAGAACCACAAUGGAUCGCUUCAGGAGCAAGAUGCUGGGUUUAUUCAUUAUCUGCAUGUCUCUACAAGAUGGCUGUGGACUCCCUUUAUCAGACCAGCAGGAAGCUCUGGUCUCAGAGCCGCCUCCGCGCCACAUCAGGACCAAACGCUGCUCCUGUAGCAACUGGGAAGACAGAGAAUGCAUCUACUUCUGCCACCUGGACAUCAUCUGGGUCAACACACCGAGCAAACUCCUUCCUUAUGGCUUGGGAAGUUCCACGUCUCGCCGUCGCCGGUCAGCCAGCCGAUGUGAAUGCCGCGAUCCGGCAGAUAAAACCUGCCGUGGCUUCUGCCAUAAAAGUCCUGAGGACGGCAGGACGGAGGUCUUGCAAAACGUUUCUGGCACAAACAACCGGAGACUUCUUACAGCUUUAAGAUCUGUGGUCAAGCUCAACACGGCAAUCGCCAAAGAUAUUCAGUCAUCGAACUCUUCAGGAGCCAAGAAGACCAAAACAAGAAGGUAAAGGAGUGAAGAUCCGAACAACUCUCUGAUUUAAUGGAUCCUACCUCCCAGUGGGGGACCAGAGACCCUGUCAGACUCCUCCAAACUCUUACUGACUCCGGAGCUCAAAGGGAUUCCCCAUCAUGUGGAAGCAGGAGUGGAGACAUGAAAGCGAAAAGGGGAAAAUGAAGACAUGUUUCAAACUUUGGGAGACUCCAUAGUUCUAAAUGAGGAACCCUAAAUGGAGGAACAAGCAUAUGUUAAAAGUACCAACAGGGACUGGGAAUUUGGGCUCCGUGGAUGAAACACCAACAUUGGUUCUCUGGAUAGACCUUGAAAUUGAGAACUGUGUCAUUUUAUAUCCUAAGGUCACCUAGAUUUUCUCUCUAUAUAUAUCUAUGUAUAUUUCAUCUGCAUUAUUUCACACGUCCCUGCAGACCUUUGCUUCCAAACUCCUCUGUAUCAGAGCUGGAAUCUGCUGUCCUGCUUGACCUUUAGGACAAACCUGCAAAUGUCUUUUGAAAUGAUGAAAUGUUGAAACCGGCAGCUAGCUCAGGCCAGGCCAGGCCUGGUGAAGCCAUCGUCAUCUCUCUGGGUUUUACGUGAUAACAAUAAGAUCUUUCAAGGUUUUCCAGCUCCUUCCUGUUUGCUGAGCAGCAGUGAUGCUGUAGAUCUAAUGUGAUGGCUCAAGUGUUUGUUUUUAUCAGAGGAUAAGCCAGAAGGUUUGUCUGAAAACCCCCCAAACAAACAAAAGAACGCAUCAGUCCCACUAAGCCUCCAUUUAUCCCUCUGUAAUUCAUCAGAGGAACAGUAGUUGGCGCUGCAGGCUGACUGAAGCCAGCAGUCUGUGACUGAAUGUGGAUUCGCUCCGUUUCAAUCACUGCAAAGCAGAAAACAUCUCAGCACUGAAUAUCAAGUUCAGUUUACAAGCUUUUUUUAAUACGAACACAGUAAUUGUAAAUAGAAGAAUUUAUUUAUUGCCUAACUUAUUGAGAAAUGUAUUUAUGUUUCUAUAACUGAUGUCAAGAAUUUUGUAUGAGAAUAAAAGAAAAUCUUGAAACUUUU